GUAGGAGAUGAGUAAAUACUCCACAAGCGGUAGGGGUGGACGCUGAACACCGCAACUCUCUCUUCUCUGUCUCGACACAGCUGUGUUUCUGUUUUGUGUGCGUAUGACUGUAUUAGUGUGUGGUUAGUUGCCCUCCACUUGCUUUUUAUUUCCAUUAAUGUCUUGCCACACUUAAUGCCUCCGGCCCUUCACUACCAUUUUCUUGCCCAAAUUUUUGUCCUGCUAUUUUCUGCCGGCAUCGGUAAGAGGAUUCGUGUCAUUUCUCUCCCUCAUAUCUCUACCUAUUUGUCAGAGAUUUUAUACGCGUGCAUUCAAGUUCAAGAUUACUUCUGUUCUUUUGUUUGAUGAAACAAAAGCAUGGCCAUUGUGGUUGAAUCGGACAAAGCAGCUUUCAGAUGUGGUCGUGAAUGCUUGCGUUUUGGAUGCGGUUACUUUCAGGGGAUUCGUUAGAUUAUUCGCAUUCUGAUGCUUCUUGUUGCGUAUUUUUACAUCAUUCUCUGGAUUGUUCCGGUGCUUAGAGCUCAAUCAGCUGCCGAAUUAUCUGCACGCUCACUAGAUUCACUACUUCAAGACUAUGCUUUCAGGGCGUUGGUUGUUCGGCCCAGAACGGGCAUUGUCUACGAUGGCAACGUGCCAUCCAACUUGACAGGGAUUAAGGUUGCAGCAUUGAGGCUGAGAAGUGGGAGCUUGAGAAGAAGAGGGGUUAACAGCUAUAAAGAAUUUCAUAUUCCAAUUGGUGUUUUGGAGCAACCUUAUGUUGAGAGGCUUGUGUUGGUCUAUCACAACUUGGCAAAUUGGUCUUCCUUGUAUUACCCUUUACCUGGUUACACAUAUUUGGCACCAAUUGUGGGUCUCUUGGCUUAUGAUGCAGUCAAUUUGUCAGCCACAAAUCUACAGGAAUUGGACAUCCGAGCUUCCAAAGAUCCCAUAACUAUCCACCUUCCGAACGUCCAACUGGUGCCUAAAGGAUUGUCGCCAAAAUGUAUUUCUUUUGGUUUAGAUGGCUCUUUUCAAUUUGACAAUGUAAUUAACCGGAGUGCCUGUUCUGCUGCAAAACAAGGCCAUUUCUCUAUAGUGGUUGAGUUCACAGCCCCGGCUCCGGCUUUGGCUCCAGCUCCUGGUGGAGGUACCAGCAGACAGGGAGGCGGCGGUGAGAAGAACAAUCACAAAGUCUGGAUAAUCGUUGGGUCUGUGGUUGGGGGAGUGCUGCUGCUGCUGCUUCUAUGUAUUCUUCUUGCUUGUCUGAGGAAGUAUAGACGGCGAAGAAACAUACAAAGAAUGGAGGAAGCAGCAGAGAGAGGGGAGCCCUUGCUAAUGGCAAAUGUUGGAUUUACGAAGGCGCCAGUGGCAUUGGAGACUCGAACUAGACCAUCAUUGGAAGAUGAUUACGUGCCCUAGUAUUUGGUUCUUGCUUGACAAUACGUUUCUGGUAAAAGUAAAACUUCAAUUCGUGACAUUAUUGAUUUAACACAAUUCUUUUUUCAAAGAUGUGAUUUUUCUUGAUUUUGAUCAAAGGCAAUAUUAUAGCUGCACUCCCUAUUCGAUUUC